AAACACAGUUACUUUUGUAUGCAUCAAUAAAACCAAAAAGUUCUAUUAUAAAACCGCCCCUUCUAUUCCAUUCCUCUCUGUCUUUCCUUUUUGUUUUGGCUAUAUUACUAUUACUUUGCAAAAUAGGAGGGAAAAAAAAAAUUCUCUCUUUUCCUGUUUCUCGCUCUACAUAGCAUUGGUGGAGUGCAUUAUGAUUUAGUGUGUGUUGCAUAUUUCAUCAUUUCUCUGUGUAAUCUUGAGGACUUCAAAUAAUCUAGACAAAUUGGUGCUUGGAUUUUAGAGCGAUUUUGGUAUCAAAGGAUUUACGCAUGGAAGGGGACACUUUAUGGGUGAGUCAUUGCUUUGAGAAUGUUGCAAGUGACACAGCAGAGUUGGAUUCAUUUUCAGAUCUUAACGAUGAAAGCAAGAAAGAAGUUGUUUCAAUUUCCCUGGAUUUGGUUUUACCUAAUGAUCUGUUGGAGCGGAUAAUAGCCUAUCUCCCAAUCGCUAGCAUUCUCAGGGCAGGCUCUGUGUGUAAAAGAUGGCACGAGAUAGUGACUUCAGAAAGGUUCUUGUGGAAUUUCAACCGCAUCCUGUCACAAAAGCCUUGGUACUUUAUGUUCACAAGCUCAGACGAACCAGUCGGUUAUGCAUACGAUCCCAUCCUCCGAAAGUGGUACAGCAUUGACCUCCCUUGCAUUGAGACAUCCAAUUGGUUCAUUGCUUCAUCAUGUGGAUUAGUUUGCUUCAUGGAUAACUAUAGCAGGAGUGAACUAUAUGUUUGCAACAUAAUAACAAAAUGCUGCAAGGCUCUUGAUGGUCCUCCGGGUCCAAAAAUCUCUGAUUUCAGUGCGUUGGCAAUUUCAGUUGAUAGGGUAUCGCACAAUUACACCAUCUCAGUCGUUAAAUCUAAGCAAGUUCCAGGAAACUUCUUUCAGUGGGAUCUCUCCAUCCAUCUCUAUGAUUCGGAAACAAUGACAUGGGUGACCACUUUGGCAGAGGAUUUAAUGGGAUGGAGAGGUGGUGACGAGAGUGUGAUUUGCAAUGGGGUUUUGUACUUUCUCAUUUACUCGACUGGGGGUGGCGGUUCUAAGAAUCGCCAUGGCCUUAUCAUGUAUAACCUCACAAGCAGAUCACCCCAUGGUAUAUUGAUGAGGAGUUUUGUCCCAGUGCCGUGUUCCCUUACUUGUGGCCGUCUGAUGAACCUCAAAGAAAAGCUUACAAUGGUUGGAGGAAUUGGGAAACAGGAUCGACCCGACAUUAUUAAGGGGAUCGGUAUUUGGAGUCUUAAUGGAAAGGAAUGGCAAGAAAUAGCACGAAUGCCACAUAAACUUUUCCAGGGGUUUGGGGAGUUUGAUGAUGUCUUUGCCAGCAGCGGUACGGAUGAUCUCAUAUACAUCCAGAGUUAUGGAGCACCUGCCCUUCUCGUUUAUGAUGUUAGCCAGAAGCAAUGGAAGUGGUCGCAGAAAUGCCCUGUGACGAAAAGGUUUCCACUGCAGCUUUUUACUGGUUUUUGCUUUGAACCAAGGCUGGAAAUUUCUCCAUAGAUCUCUUUUGCAUUGAAUAUAAUUCGGUCUUACUCACAAAUUAGCAAAUGAUUUUAGCCUUUUUCCAUAUCAACUUUUUGUUCAAUUAUGGUGACUUUGAUAUCCUGGAAAGGGGUUUAUAAAUUAUGCAGAAGUCUUGAAGCUGUUCAAAUAUACAAUGCGAAUUUUAUUAUUCUUUACAUCUGGAAACACAAUUGGUGAGUGGAUACAAAUUGAUA